AUGGUUUCAUCAUUGCACGGAUUUGAUGCUUGUUUCGAGCCAAAUCACAUCUUGAGAGAAAUGAAUAAGAAAAACAAUGCGGAACCUAUCAAGAUGACUUAUCCAUUGAUGAAGGCUAUUCCUUCAUCCUAUGAUUGGAGAAAUGUUAGCGGAGUGAACUACCUUUCACCAAUUAGAAAUCAAAAUCUCCCACAAGCAUGCGGAAGCUGUUGGGCUGUUACCACUACCAGUGUGUUGGCAGACAGAAUCAACAUCCUUAGAAAGGCAUCUUGGCCAAUGGCCUACCUCUCUCCACAACAUGUUUUGGCUUGUGGUAAUAGUGGUACAUGCAAAGGAGGAGAUCACUAUUCUGUGUAUGUCUAUGCCAACAAGUUUGGAAUUCCAGAUGAAACAUGCAACAAUUAUAGAGCUAUGGAUCAAACAUGUACUGACAUGAAUGCUUGCUACACUUGCAGUACCUUUGGUGCCUCUAAUUGUCAUCCAAUUCCAAACUUUAAACGUUACAAGGUGGGUCAAUAUGGUAUCAUUAAGGGAUCCGACAACAUGAAGAGCGAAAUUUUUGCAAGAGGUCCAAUUACUUGUGCCAUUCAAGUGACUCCAGAAUUUGAAAGAUACACUGGUGGUGUUUUCAAUCAAGUGGUUGCCAAUCCACAAGUGAACCACAUUGUUGGUGUUGUUGGUUUUGGUGUUGACCCUCAAACACAACAAGAAUACUUUAUUUUGAGAAACUCAUGGGGAAGCACAUGGGGUGAACAAGGAUUUGCCAGAGUUACUAUCACCUCUUUGGGUAUCCAAAACGAUUGUGUUUUUGGUGUUCCAAUUAAUGCUUAA